UUGUGAUUUCAUUGGAUGUCUCGGCUGUCAAUUCUCAGUGCUGCCAGCAAGGUUGCUGGUCGUGGCAGCACGACAGACUGGCACGUAGCAACAAAAACUUUUACCCGUGCCUCACUCACCUCUUGUUGUUCACACGUAGCGUCUCAGGAGAUCAGCAUGUCACCGUGGAUUAAACAGGUUUGCCUUGUUCUUGCGGCAGUGUUCAUGUUGUCCAGUACAACAGAGUCAAAGAAGGAUGAAGCAUUGUACUGUUCAGCCUGCAUGGCGAUUGCAGAGGAGAUGAACUAUUCAAUCAGUCAAACUGAUCCAAAAAAGACGAUUCAUGUUGGUGGAUUCAGACUUAAACCCGAUGGAAGUCUUGCAGACAAAAAGGUUCCUCUGGCUAGGUCUGAGACUUACUUAACUGAACUGCUGGAAGAAGUUUGCAAAAGCAUGAGCGAUUAUGCUCUCUAUGAGGACCCGGACACCAAAGAAAAGAGCUACAAGAGAUUUGCACCAAGAGGAAAUGAUGGCGUGAAUUUUCCCGAUUUCAAAAAUUUUAAGUUUGAUGGACCAGAGAGUUCCAGUGCCUUGAAGUUUGCUUGUGAAAGCAUUGCGGAAGAGUUGGAAGAUGAUAUCAUCUCCCUCUUUGCCAGUGAGGCAGACCAUGUGGCUAAGACGUUGUGCAGUGAAGUAUCAGGUCACUGUAAGAGCUCAGUUUUCCAGCACAGCGAACUUUAGUUCCGGAUUAGCAUCUGCUGAAGAACACACAAAAACCCGGACCAAAAUUAAGACAUCAAAUAUUUUCCUAAAGUAUGUUAUUGUUUAGAAUUUUUUUAGUAACUUCAAAAUUAUGACAUUCAUAAAGUGCAUUACAACUGAUUCCACUGUUGAUUAGUGGGCACACUCUUCCUGUAUUACCUACAUGUAUAAAAAAUAUGUGUGUGUAUAUAUAUACCUGAUUUUAUUCCGAUGAGUUCAUUUUAACCUCAAUUUAGUUUCAUGGCAUUAACUAUGGUAUUACCAAUGUUAUUUAUGAAACGUUUACCCGUGAUGAAAGAAAAUAAAAUACUUCAAAUAUA